CAUUUUACCGGCGAGUCUGUGUGGAUUUGCAAUACUCAGGUGUAUCUUCGUGGUCCAUGGGUAAAUGAUUCCACGCGUUCCGCGUCUUGCCUCUAUUACCACAUAAAUUGAUCGUGUCCAGCCUCGGAUAAGUAGUCGAGACCUACCACUCGGGAGCUGUUAUCUGAGGUAGCCGCUCAAGAUACCAAUACGUCGACGACUUCACCUUUCGCUUCAGCUAUCACAGAGUUUGACCUUUCCCGCUAAGCUCGCCCAGGCCAAAAUAAAACACAAACAUCAAGACCGAUCUCGACAAUUUUCAUCGAGACAGCGGCGCGUUUUAAUACUUCAAGCACCAAUCUAAAUCACAGCUACGAAAAGCUGCAACACGCGAUGUAUAGCGAUUCAGGUAGCUGUGAGUUCUUUCCAGUGAAUCGAAAGCAAAGAGAUGAUCUGGGGAAUGGGAAUUUGGAAUGGGAACACGACUGACGCGUCGCAGGUGGUAAUCAGACCAAGAAGUGCGACGAUGAGAUGGUGAAAAACACAUCUUCUACGAGUGCUGUUCAUUUGAGGGGCGGUGGAAGGGCUGCAAGGACUGCAAAAGCCAGGGGAGUUAGUACGGAUAAGGAAAAGGAGGACCGCAGAAGAAUGCAUGCCCAACGCCUUGUUAAGAGAAUCAAGAAUUUGGGGAAGAAACUACAGUCCGAGGAGUUCCUGAAUACUGCUUCAGCAGAUGAUAUCAAAUUCGUGGAGGACAAGAUCGCUCGACGACUUAAAGUUCUCCAUCGGCUCGAUUCCAAGAAUGGACUUGAGGUUUCAGACAUUGCAGAGCCUAGCCAGAUCUCUCUCCCUAAUGAUUCUGAAUCCGAAGAUGAAGAUCAAUCUGGAGCAUAUGUUCGAUCGAAGAAGCGCAAGCUCUCAGCAUCCGGUUUCCUAAAUGAGGAGGACACCAAUGGAACUGCAGAUGCUAGCGAGGUCAUUGUCAUUGAAGACACGCCUCGGAAGGUCAGGCAGGAGAAGAUGGAGAAGAAACAAAAGAAGCGCAAGGUGGACAAAUCCUCGCACAACUCCUUGGCGCGUCGAAACUCAAGAUUUGCCUUUGAAGAUUCAGAUGGUGAACAGGGUCUUGACACUGCCAAUCUCGAUGCGAGAAACACCGCUUCACAAGAUGAACAUGCCGGUCAUGAUAUCUCACAAAAUGGAACAGCUUCUCCCAGUCCAGAGAAAUCCAGACAAGCCGCCCUAAUCGAUACCAUCACACGUUCCCGCACUCGCAGUGAGUCUACCGGUGAUGGAAUCUACCAGGCUCUUGUGGCUGGUAUGUUGGCUCAGCCAUCACCACCUUCUCCGAUGAGUUCUAUUGCCGACUACCCCCGAUCUCUAAUUGACAUUGGUCGGUCUGCCAUUGCAGCUCCAAUUCUGCCGAGUACCCAAAAACCUAUCAGAGAUCGAGCUUUCAAACCACAAGUUCCAGCUGCAUCUCCCCAACUCGGAUUCGCCUCCUCGCACAGAGAAUCUCCGAUUCUGCCUCCAAAGCGGAACUUUUCCUCAACUAGUAUCGUACCAAUUUCCAAGGAGAAUGGUGUUGAGAAUAAGAAAACAAACAAGAAGGUCGCUAGUACCAGGAAAGCAAGCCAUCCUGACACCAAUACCAACCCAGAGCCAGCAUCCGAGGAAAGCCAGCAAAGCGCUACCCUCUCCCAAACAGUCACUGCUAUCAAGGAAGCUGCGUCAGCCACUGUCAUCGAAGGAAUUUUCUCCCAGGCAGAUCCAUUCACCUGCUCAAAGAAGAUCUUGCCGCCUGCUAGAAUCUCAAUCCCUCCAGUAGCCAGCCACCCAAAAGCCACCAACUCCUCUACACCAGAUAUUACACCAACGAAGCCUAAAUCGAAAUCGAAGUCAAAGUCCAAGUCCCACCGGGAUGGACGUACUGCAGGAGAGCCUGAAGAUUGGGAGAAGACGUCCGGUCGUGUCAGAGCAAUAAUCCACAAGGACGGCUUGGUAGACGACGGUGAGACAGAAGAGAACAUCGCAUUCUCAUCCAGCUACAUCCAAUCUCGACCCCUCGGCAUAAGCAUCAGCGGCACCAACUUCCAAAUCCUCGCCAUCGGCCCAGGUACUGAGCAGGAGGAACUCCCUGUUUCUACUGAUAAAGCUGCUCUCAAGAUCUGUUCUGUUGCUAAGGGUCGGGUCAGGGUUUUACUAGGCGGCGGUUCGAAGAGUUUCGAGAUUGGAGAGGGUGGGAUGUGGCGUGUUCGGGGGGGAGAGAAGUGUGUUGUUGCGAAUGUUGUUGGUAGCAGGGAAAUCGCGUGUGUUCAUUUGUGUACUGUUGAGGGAUGAGAUGUGGGGAAAUGAGGGUAUAUAUGUGAGGUGGUAAGAAAUUUGGGGGACUGUAAAGAGAUUGUGGGUUGAGAUAUCAUGGCAUGGGUGUUCCUGCGGGUUCUGUUUCUUUGCACCUUCUUCUGUUCGUACGAGCAUAAGACUACGUCGCCAUGGGCCGGCGGACUAUCAAACACCAGACGACAGGAUCAGUUGUCGACUCGGCUUAUCAGGUGUAUGAGACACCGAUUGAACAUAGCCAAAUGAAUGUUUAUUUACCUCUGAAGGAGAAAGAGGCUCACGAUGUGCCUAUCAAAAUUGAUUUUCCUCGCACAACAGUUCUUCGAUACCAAGGCCAUGCAAACCAUCGUCAAUCUCGCUUAACUUUGGGCUACUGCAGUCACUCCAAGAACCAAAUUCACUUUUAUUUUCAUGCUAAGAAGACUCCCAAGCGUGUGAGGACCUGAGAGCGACUUUUGUGUUUGAGUCUAACAACCACUGACGUAGAGGGCACUGUUGUGUAAUAAAAUAACUCAUGUCCUUCCAUGGACGAACAAUAGUCUGUAGAGAAUGCGGUAUCUCUUCUGUCUACCAUGCAGUACAUCCUCGCAAUUUUCUAGGCUCUGAGAGCUCAUCAUAGACUAGCACGUACUCGCUGCCGCUUUCUCGGAAUCUCAGACAAUGAGAUUGAGCCCGCGGUUGCAGAUUCACGCCGCUCAUAAUGUUACAUGACAUGGUAUGCACAAGGAAGGGAGAUGACCGUAUGAAGGACUUAUGGAGAAGGUAUGUGGUUUGUUGUAAAACUUGCUGUUUAAUAAU